AUGAAUUUUACAACAAAUGGUAAUAACUAUAGUAAUGGACAUAACAUAAAUAACAAUAAAUAUAAUAACUAUGACAAUAACUACAAUAAUAAUGAUGAGUUAUUCAGAACACCAAAAUAUAAAAAGACCUUAAAUAUACCCGAAAUGUAUCCUUUAGAUCAAAUUAAUAAUCACAUUAAUAAUAUUCAACAAGACCACCAUGACGAAGAGGAAUAUGGGAAUUAUAAUAAUAAUAAUGAUCAAUAUGAUAACUACGAUUAUAAUAUAAAUAAAGAGAAUCAUUUCAAUAGCAGGGCCAAUAAUAGGUAUAGCAAUAGCCAUAAAGAGGAUGAUAUCCUUACAACCGAUAGUUUAAAAAAUGAUAUAGAUUCAAAUCAAAGGAUGAAGCAAAAGGGUGGUUAUUCUAGCAGUAGCAAUGGUAAUAAUGGUAAUGGCAAUUAUUUUGAAAAUGAUCAAGUUAAAAGUAAUCAACUACAGGAAAAUCAAAUAACAAAUCUAUUAGAAACAUUAAAUAAAAAUCAAAAGUUUUCAAGCGAAUUAUUAAUAAAGAAUGUAGAAUUACAAAAAGUUAUUGUAGGGUUAGAAUCAGAAAUAACGAGACUGCAAGAUAUACCACAUGCAAGUUAUAAGCCACCAAAUAAUUUUCAAUAA